AUGGCCGAAACAGCAAAUCAAUUACUAGCUCGCGUCGUUCCAGAUUGCGCAUGGAUCCCUCCACGUAAUCGAAGUUCAAGCAUACCAGCUCACCCCCUCUUUCCAGAAGUCGUGAGACAAUGGCCCUUCUUCUUCAGAAGUGUCAAUGGACAUAUUAAUAAUAUUAAUAAUGUUCCAAGAGGACAAUUCCCUAUAUUCCCAACCGAAACAAUACGUCUCAGUGUAGAAGGCGAUGCAAAAACCCGUUUAUAUUUUAAUGUUUUAGGGCCUGUCAACGCAUUACUAGGGACACGAGGAGCAACAUUUGUUUGGACAUGUGAUGGAUUGUUGGGUUCUCCCGAUUACAUUCUUUGCACUAAUAAUUCCACAGUGGCUAAGAUGCCUGUGGAAAUGAAAACGCGUCAUAAUCUGAAUUUAAGGGAUCAUGACCUGUGGGAAAUUUAUCGACAUACUGACCGGGCUCCAAUAAUGGAAACAGAUCCAAACUUUAGAUUUAAAAAGAGGAUCUUAUCACAGGUAUUUGGCGAAAUGGCCUGCAAUGGCCUUCAUUACGGUAUUUUGUCAAAUUAUACCGAUACAUAUUUUCUCAAAAGACCAGAAGCAGAACCAAGAACCAUAUAUGUUUCUCAUGUCGUUCAUCCUAAUAGUGUCAAUCCGACUUUACGCGAGUGCGUAUUCUAUAUUAGCCAUCUUGCUAUUAAUGAUCAAGUCGGUAGAAGAUUGGAUCGUAAGAGGAAAUGGAAGCUGAGUUCUUCAAAACAGACUGGCAGUAAAAAGAAAGUAGUUGCUUCAUCUUCCAAGAGAAUCGCGACCAUAGAUGGAUAUAUAGGUGGCGGGUCUUUUGGGCAAGUUUUUUCUGGAUAUUAUAAUAAUCAAGCUGUAGCAUGGAAAACUUGUGACACGUAUAAGAAGCAAGAAGAGAUGAAAAUGCUAAAACACGAAGCUCGUAUUUAUUCUGUUUUGAGUGAAUGCCAAGGUCAUGCUGUUCCACACUUGCUUUAUAAGGGUUACAUUUAUGGUGGAUUUCUUUUUGCACUAGCGUUACAAUUAAUUGAGAGUGCACAUCACGUUGAUCCGGAAAGACUCACUAAAGAGGAAAAAAAAAUAAUAGUUAAUCAGCUCAAGUCAAUACAUAAUUAUGGCGUCUUACAUAAUGACAUCUCAAAGCAAAAUAUUCUAUAUGAACCAAAGA